AUAAUCCUCGGUACUUCCUACACAUCCUUCAAAAUAUGGCUCUAACACUUCGUUCUUCAAUUUCUUUUAUUAAUCAGAAAGAAACCAAAAUCCUUAAAACUUCUGAUGAUGUUCCUGCGAUAGUUAGUUUUGCAAAGGUUAAGCCAUCGUACCGUCUCCGAGUGAAAAAUUCCAUGCAAGAAGCACGCCCCGCACGCGACAACAGCUUCAAUUCUGAAGCGAGGAGAAACGAAAAAUGGGAGAAGGUGCAUGCUCCUUCGGUGGCUCAUAGUCACAGUGACUCGAAGAGGGUACCUGUGUAUGUGAUGCUGCCAUUAGACACUGUAACAAUGGGAGGAAGCUUGAACAAGCCUAGAGCAAUGAAUGCAAGUUUGAUGGCCCUCAAGAGUGCAGGAGUCGAAGGCGUAAUGGUGGAUGCUUGGUGGGGUUUGGUGGAAAAGGACGGGCCUUUGAAGUACAAUUGGGAACCCUAUGUUGAGCUUGUGCAGAUGGUACAAAUGCAUGGUUUGAAGCUUCAAGUUGUUAUGUCUUUCCAUCAGUGUGGGGGAAAUGUUGGAGAUAGUUGCAGCAUUCCUCUACCAUCAUGGGUGCAGGAAGAAAUCAGCAAAAACCCUGACCUGGUUUACACAGAUAGAUCAGGGAGGAGGAAUCCUGAGUACAUCUCAUUGGGGUGUGAUUCAGUUCCUAUUCUAAGAGGAAGGACUCCCCUCCAAGUGUACGCCGACUACAUGAGAAGCUUUCGUGACAGAUUCGGAGAUUACUUAGGCAGUGUUAUCGUGGAAAUUCAAGUUGGCAUGGGUCCAUGUGGAGAACUGAGAUAUCCAUCUUAUCCAGAAACAAAUGGAACUUGGAGGUUUCCCGGAAUUGGAGAAUUCCAAUGUUAUGACAAGUAUAUGAAAGCGUCCUUGGCAGCAGCUGCCGAGGCCAUUGGAAAGAAAGAAUGGGGAGGAGGUGGACCCCAUGACUCUGGCCAGUACAAUCAAUUUCCUGAGGAUACUGGAUUUUUCAGAAGGGAAGGGACAUGGAAUACUGAAUAUGGACGGUUCUUUUUAGAAUGGUACUCUGGUAAAUUGCUAGAACAUGGUGAGAAGAUUCUCGUAUCAGCCAAAGGAAUAUUCGAUACAUCAGGGGUGAAACUAUCAGGGAAAGUUGCUGGAAUCCAUUGGCACUACAGAGCAAGGUCACACGCAGCUGAACUAACUGCUGGCUACUAUAACACGCGAAAUAACGAUGGGUAUACGCCCAUAGCCAGAAUGCUGGCAAAACAUGGAGUUGUCUUCAAUUUCACCUGCAUGGAAAUGAAAGACAGAGAGCAGCCUGACUUUGCUAACUGCUCACCUGAAGGGUUGGUUAGUCAGGUGAAGAUGGCAACAAAAACAGCUAGAGCAGAACUUGCUGGAGAAAACGCAUUGGAGAGAUAUGAUGCAGAUGCAUAUGCUCAAGUUUUAUCAACAAGUAAAUCCGAAUCCGGCAAUGGAUUGGCAGCAUUCACUUAUCUAAGAAUGAACAAGCGGUUGUUUGAAGGUGAUAACUGGCGGCACCUGGUGGAUUUUGUAAGAAGCAUGUCUGAAGGCGGUAGGAGAGAGAGACUUCCAGCAUCCGAUUCCCAUGGGAGUGAUCUUUAUGUUGGCCACAUCAAAUCAACACGGGAGAAACACACACAAGAGGCCGUUCUUGUGUAAACGUAUAAAAUAGCAAGCUCAGGCAUCUUGGUGUAUAGUUUAAAGCAACACAGUAUAUUUUUUUAUAGAAAAAGAGGGAAAAAAAAUGAGAGAACUCUGGCAUUUACCAUGCCAACACCUGAGAUGAUCGAGAUGAUAUUAUUUCAUUUCAUGCUAAUGUAUAUAACUCCAACCACGAUGGAGAAAAAUACUUAGUCUGCUUACGUUAUAUAACCAAUAAUACUGAUAUUGUAUCUC